AUGGUUUCCACAAGACAUCAUCCCCGCGAGUUCCCAUCGCCAUCGCGUGCCAGGUCCAGGUCAAAAUCUCCAGGGCCGUCAGCCAACGGAAUUGCCACCAGACGAUCGGUGCACACCCCAUCAACAGCUGUGACCUUGUGGCUUCUGGUCUCGAUUCCCCUGGUCCUAUGGGAUUCAGGUUACGUGUUGUUGCGACCGCAUUCCAUGCCGGGUCACAAGCUGCAUUCGCCUGUUUGGACCCCGUACGCACUCUAUGGGACAAUUGACUAUAUCUAUGGCUGGCCGGCAUUCAACGCUCGGAAUGGUUUUACCGCCGCGCAGACUGUCUUAAACCUUGUUGAGUCAGCGGCUUAUCUCUACUACCUCUUCAUCAUCUAUAAAUAUGGAGUAACAAUGACUUCCGGCGGACGUGGAAAACAGCGCAAGACUCGUAAGGGUUUCUUGUGGAUGUUGAAGGGCGACAAAGUCGUGUCUGGGCGCACUGGAGCGACGGCUCUCCUCGUAGCCUACAGUGCCUCCAUCAUGACUUUGAGUAAAACGAUCCUUUACUGGCUGAACGAAGCUUUCUCCGGAUUCGCCAACAUUGGACACAAUGAUGCGUUCACAUUGAUUACGAUGUGGAUCAUUCCUAAUGGGCUCUGGAUUGCUUUUCCUAGCUACAAUAUAUAUACCUUGGGGAAGGAGAUACUGGCCGCUCUUGAGACUUCCGCACCCGCUUCGCGGACGAAGUCUUGA